AUGAAGCAAACCGGAGGAAAUUACAUCCUCUCCCUUGUCAUGAAUCAACCAACUGCAAUGCCCAAAGAGGAGCUCGCCGCGAAGGGACUUGACCGUGGUAGAGCAUUCGGGGAAGGAUGCGGAGGAACUCAAGACAAAUUCCUCGGUAGCAAAAUUGGGAUCGACGCUAUGAUAGAGGCAGUGAAGCAAACCCUCGAAGAAUUGUCCGAGGGUCGAGACCUGCCUGCAGAACAAGGAGGACUUCUAAUGGGAACCGCGAUAGGCUUUAUGAAAAGCCACGGUCACUCACCUCUUCACGAGGAAGGCUAUCGAAAAAUAGUGCAAGUCGUGUUUCCUCGAUUGGCAAACGUACAAACACCGGCUUACUGGAGCCCUAAAACAAUAUUCGCACACCUGUACUUCAAUCUCAUGAUGAGACGACAGAAACUACCCAGACAGGGCGUAGGCGCGGAGCCACCGAAGAAAAUCGCCCGAAUGGAUCCGUCUGUAGCAAUUCCGGGACCAACAACUCAGACAACACAAAUUUUCCCCGGGCAACACACCACUCAAAUCCAGCCGACAACAAGGGAACAACCAAUCCAGAUGCCAACGGAGAAUCUCAUCGGAGACGGAAACGAGGAAUCCGUUCAUCUCGAGCUACUCAAAUCCUACAAGCACCUCCUUCCGAACCAAAUCUACAAUUAUGCCAAACUUGUCGUUAAACGAGUAAUGACAACUGACCCAAAGCUUUCCCCAAAAGGUAUCGUGACCAGCGCAGUUUAUUUGGCGUACAAAUUUUCGCCAGAGCCAAAAACAACAACAGCGAUCGGAGAAAUGCUGAAAUGCCCAAAUUGGAUGAUUUACAAAACCGCACCGUUAGUACGGACACGAUUCAACAAGGAGACCAAAAACGAGCUAGAGAUUGCAAGAAAAUACAUCGAUCAACAAGCUCAUCUCGCUGAUUCGGAUUGGAUCACUCGGGCAAGACAAAUAGCCGACCAUGCCUGGCACCCCAACAUCAAAGCGAGCCCGAAAAGAAUUGCUGCAUCAUCCGCGUACUUAGCAUACAAAUUUUCGCCAACACCAAUGUCGGCGAGGAAAAUGGCUAGCUUUCGCUGCUUAGGUUGUAACCUGAAUUGCGAGGAGAUUCGAAAACCCUGGAAUUGCCCGAAUUGCAACAGUAAGUUCAUCGAUCUAAUAGGAAAAUGGAAAAAAGAAGACGUGGUAGACAAGACCGGUUACAACAAUGGAGAGAUUCUCUUCAAAAUCGUUGCAAACCACGAGAGGGCAAUCAGCCAAAUCAAACACUUGAUGGAACUUAGUAACUGUCGAACCUCUGCACAUGGUGAAACAAAUGAAAACGCCCAAACACCGGGGCCUACUCCAUCAACGGAACCACCGAAAGACCCAACAGGCAGAAAGACGUCCGGGCUUUUAGAAGAAAAGAACAGUUUCAAAAAGGCACCGACUUCUGUUAACCUUGAAGGACGGAAUCAAUUGAAAAUGAGACCACAGCCAAGGGUUAAGCCGAAAGGAACCAUCCCAAUAACAAUUAAGGAUUGGCUGGAAAAGAAACAUAAAGUUAAGUACGAAUCGUUGCUCGAUGCGGUAAAUAUACUUGAAAAGAAGGAAGAAUAUGACAACAUCAACUCACAUUUCCGCCUCGAACCGGACGGAUCGCUCAUUGAAAUAAAAAUCAUCUUCAGGAAAGUCGAAGGCGAAGAAUUGGAGGAAAGGCUCAUGCUGACAAAGAAAAUCAAGAUAAGCGCAGUAGAAAAGUACGAAAGUGAUUGCGGGCUCUGCCAGGAAGACCUGCCUGAAGACAUAUCGGUCAUGACAUGCUGUUACGCCUACUACCAUAAUGCGUGCCUGCGAAAAUGGCUAGCAAACAGACCUUACUGCAAGUACUGCAACACCCCCCUAUAA